AUGCCUCGCUUCAGGGAUGGUAUGUGGCUGCCAGCCGAGAAUAUGUGGGUUGAGCACGCCGAGCAGGUUUACUACACCAACGAAAAGCCUGAUGGCAAGGGCCUCAACCUGUUGUGUCCGACUAAGACCAUUGAGAGCCGCGGCCACACGUUGAACAGGAGCACAAUCACCAUGGAUGUCAAUGCCGAGGCGGAUGGAAUCAUCUCUGUCGAAGCGACUCACUGGGCUGGUGCCCAGAUCAAGGGACCUCAUUUUGAGCUAUUUCCCCAGGGAAGACCGGAGGUCACGGCAGCCAUUUCCACGAGCGACAAGGGCACAACGUUAACUUCCGGUUCGCUGGCUGUAACGGUCGACCCGAGCAACUUUGACAUCCGCUUCCACAGCGCCGACGGCUCUAAGCGGCUCACGUCCCUGCAGGCCCGUAGCGUGGGCCUGGCAUACAGCCCCGCGCCAAGCAACCCCAUGCAGACAGGGGAUAUGCGAGACUUCAAGCACUACAUGUUCACUCAGACCUCACUGGCUGUCGGCGAGACCGUCCAUGGCCUGGGCGAGAGGUUUGGUGCAUACAACAAGGUUGGCCAGUCAAUCUCCCUGUGGAACGCCGAUGGUGGUACUUCUAGCGAUCAGGCCUACAAGAACGUCUCUUUCUGGCUUAGCUCAAAGGGCUAUGGUAUCUUCAUCGACACCCCUGCGAGGGUCGAUCUGGAAAUCGGAAGCGAGAGGGCACUCGCGUACUCCACUCUGACAGGUCGCCCCGGCAAGGUGCCCAACUGGAGCUACGGACUCUGGUUGACCACCAGCUUCACCACCAACUAUGACCAGGACACCGUCAAGUCCUUCCUGGAAGGCAUGAAGGAGCGCGGCUCGCCAGUUGAUGUGUUUCACUACGACUGCUUCUGGAUGAAAGCCUUCACAUGGACUGACUUUGUCUUUGACUCGGAGAGGUUCCCCGACCCCAAGGGACAGAUUGCCCAGCUCAAGGAGUCUGGUCUUUGCAAGAAGGUCUGUGUCUGGAUCAACCCUUAUAUUGCGCAAUACGGAGCCGCCUUCAGCGAAGCUGCUGAGAAGGGCUACCUUGUCAAACGCAAGAACGGCGAUGUCUGGCAGUGGGACCUGUGGCAGGCCGGUAUGGGCCUGGUAGAUUUCACAAACCCCGAGGCUGUCACAUGGUAUGUUGAGAAGCUCAACGGCCUCUUCGACCAGGGCGUCGACUGUAUCAAGACGGACUUUGGCGAGCGCAUCCCGACGCUGGACGUCGAAUGGCAUGACAAGACCGUUGACCCACACAAGAUGCACAACUACUACGCUUUCAUAUACAACAAGAUUGUCUACGAGGCUCUCCAGGCAAGAUACGGCGAAAACCAGGCCGUCCUGUACGCCCGGACAGCUUGCGCCGGUGCGCAGCGCUUCCCUCUCCAAUGGGGCGGCGACUGCGAGUCCACCCCAGAGGCCAUGGCGGAGUCCGUCCGCGGCGGUCUCGGACUCGGUCUCAGCGGCUUCUCCUUCUGGAGCUGUGACAUUGGCGGCUUCGAGGGCAAGCCGCCCGCGUGGAUCUACAAGCGCUGGGUGGCCAUGGGUCUCCUCUGCAGCCACAGUCGCCUGCACGGCAGCAGCUCGUACCGUGUGCCUUGGGUGAUGGAUGAAGACGACCAGUCAGAAGAAGGCUGCUCUCGAACGUUGGCCAAGUGGACCGCACUCAAGGGCCGUCUCAUGCCCUACCUCUUCGCCGAGGCACAGACUUCCGUUGCGCAGGGCCUGCCCUUGUCGCUGCGUGCCAUGUGCAUCGAGUUUCCCGACGACCCGACCAGCUGGUACCUCGACCGCCAAUUCAUGGUGGGUCCCAGCAUACUGGCGGCACCCAUCUUUGAGGAAUCGGGUGAAGUCGAAUUCUACCUGCCCAAGGGCAAGUGGACGUCGUACUUUACGGGAGAGACCCGCGAUGGCCCCGGCUGGUUCACCGAGACGCACGGCUUUGGCACUUUACCUCUAUACGUGCGUGAAAAUACGGUCCUUGUGCUCGGCAGCGAGAAGGCCAUUGGUGCCGUGUACGAUUACACGGAGGACGUCGAGGUGCGACUAUACGGUGCGCAGGAGGGUGCCAAGGCGUCGCUCGUGGACAAUGACGGUAACGAGGUCGGCAUCCUCGAGGUGGGGGCUGAUGGCGAGGUCAAGGAUACUUCAGCGCUGAAGGGCGAAUUCACAGUAAAGAAGACUUAUACCUGGGUGCGACUUUUGCUAUUUCUCUUUCCCAUCAUUGAUUGA